AUGUUCAACACCAUCAACAACGUUGCUAAGGCCGCUAUUUCCAUCUUGGAGUCUACUGCUGGCCACAUUCACUGUAUCAUCCAGGUUAUUGUGGUUGAUUACAUGGAGCUUCUCAAGCUCCCAGAGUCUGUGGUCUGCGAGACCUUUGAGAAUGGACAAUCUAAGAUGAUCGAUACGGCUGAGCUCACGCACUUCGUGGAAGCCAAGCAGGCUGUUACUGCUGCCCUUGAAAACGUGAAAGAGGCCCUCCUUCAGCCUAAAUUGAAGGAGGCUGGGAUUUCUUUCCCAGUUUGUGAUACUAUUGAUUUGGUCAACGCGUUUACUAUCCGUUACCAAGUUACUCAUGAGCUCGUCACUGGUCAGCUUUGGUACCAGUGCAGCAAAAGGAAGACCAAUGAUUCCGCGUUGCGGAAGUCCAAGCGUAGCGUCCUGGAGGUUAUUGACUACCUUGGUAAGCUCGAAGCUAUCGUUGAAGGUCAACUGCUUCGGCUUCGUGCUGUGAAAGCUAAGAAACCAGUCAAGAAGCGAUUGACGCCUCGCCAGUUCUUGGACUCAAUGAAGGUCAAGACAGAAGACGAGACGAGGAAGGAAAAGGGUGCGCUCCUCAAAGCGGCCCGGGAAGCGGCGAACAAAAGAGUUGAUCUCGCUAUGAGAACUCACACUACGACCGUGCUUGCUAGGAAAGCUACAGGUAAAGCUGGGCAGCAAAAUGUCACUUCCACAGGUAAAGCUGGGAUAUCGAUGACUUCCCCUUCCUUCGGAUCCACCCCUUCUCGCACUACACUCCCCAUCUCUCCACCCUAUACCCCCCCAACGAGCCCCCCCUCCCUCCCUAUUUAUUCGGACUCGUUGGGUCCCAAGAGAACGGUGCCACCGACACCGCAAUUGAGGGAGACCGGUUUGAAGGCCACCCCUAAGCGCAGAAAAGUUACUGUGCUGGCCACUCCGGUUACCGCUGAAAAGCCCCGGUGGAGAUAAGAUGGCAAACCCCCCCUAAAAGAUGGAGGGUAGUGCGUGAAUAAAGGAGGUGAGGAACGGGCUGACGACGGUGAUAUGAUCCGUCGCUCAUCCUGUGCUGCCGGUUUGGUGCCAUUUGCGU